UAGGCAGAAGACCAGUCCAUGUUGUUAGGUACGCCAUUUUGUCUGUUUAUUUUUCACGAUCGUCUUGUUGUAUUACCCGAAUUAUGGCUGACGUGGAAGUAGCAGAGCAACCUCCACCAGCGAGUAAUACAUAUGUGAUAAGGCCAAAUUUUCAACACAAAUUUCGACCAGUAUCUGUGAAAGAGUGUAUUCAUGCCGUGUUAAAUGAGCAUUUAGAUGGUAAAACAUACGAUCCAGAGGAAAUAAUGGACUGGACAAAAACAAUCUCUGAUGAUAUUAAAACAAAACUUAAAGAUAUGGGAUAUGAUAGAUAUAAGUUUGUUGUUCAAGUUGCUAUAGGUGAACAGAGAGGAGAGGGUGUAAAGAUGGGGGCUAGAUGUUUCUGGGACUCUGAUACAGAUAACUAUGCACAAGAUAUCUACAUGAAUGACUCAUUAUUUUGUGUAGCAGCAGCUUUUGGAGUGUUCUAUUAUUGAAUGUACCAUAGCCAGCAUCUGACAACAUUUCUACAUUUUCUACGAUGAUAAUGACUUAUAAUAAAAGGGAUGUAACUCUCAUAAAAUAGAAACUGUUGAAGGGCAAUAAUUCUUAUCUGUAUUGUUCUUUAUUGGAUAUGUAAAGUAAAAAAAAAGUUAAAUACAGAAAUAAUUCAUUGACUGUAAAAGUUGUUAUAAAUAAGGUUAAAUGAUGUAAUUUAAUGCUGUUAAAUAGUUUAACAAUUGUAUUUCUCUUUUAUUUAGUGAUCGUAAGUCUGGCAAUCUGUAAGCCAAUAAAUGUUGUGAAUGCUUUACUUAUUUUCUUUAAAAAUAAACUGAAAUGGAUAUUUACCACCAGCUAAUGAUUUACAAAUAUAAUUAUAGAUUUUGUGAAUAAUUUUCAGAUAGUGUUGUAUUUCAUCAAUGCACUUUAAGUACUAGUAGUUAAAAGUUUCUUAUCAUGUAGAUCAUACAAAAUGUAAACUUUAUUGUGUAACAAUACAUGCUGCAUUCCGUCCAAGUAUUUUUUCUCUGUAUUGUAUAUGUAUGAAAAUAUCAUUAAUUUAUAUGCUUAUGUUUAUACAUGUUAACUAUGUGAUGAAUAAAUGUUUUCAAGUAAA